ACAACUUGAUCCAGAAUAACAGUAAAUCAGACGGCAGCUCCUCCAGAGCAGCAGCAGCAGCAGCAGCGAAAUUGUAGCCCUGUUGCAAGUAUUUUUGGCCGCAGAUAACCGAGUGAGCUCACUGCGGUCUAUUUCUUCGGAUAGACUCGAGAGUUGUUCAGGCAAGAGCAACGCAAAAGGAGCGUUUUUUCGGUCUCUUCUUUCCCCCCUGCUAUAUCGCAACAUUAUAUCACACACUGGAAAUGUCCGAAAACAAGCCGAAUGAUGAGCCGAAGUUAUCUACGACGGACAGGGUGGUGAAAUCUGUCCCCUUCCCCCCCAGUCACCGGCUGACGGCUAAAGAGGUGUUUGACAGUGAGGGGAAGCCCAAAGUGGACGUGCUGAAAGCUCACCUAACCAAGGAGGGCCGUGUGGAGGAGGCGGUGGCUCUGAGGCUCAUAGGAGAGGGUGCUGCAAUCCUGCGCUCAGAGAAGAACUUGCUGGACAUCGAUGCUCCUGUCACAGUGUGCGGAGACAUCCAUGGCCAGUUCUUUGACCUGAUGAAGCUGUUUGAAGUAGGAGGAUCACCAGCCUCCACGCGCUACCUUUUCCUGGGGGACUAUGUUGACAGAGGAUAUUUCAGUAUUGAAUGUGUGCUGUACUUGUGGGCCUUAAAGAUCCUGUACCCCAAAACACUGUUUUUGCUUCGUGGGAAUCAUGAAUGUAGACAUUUAACAGAGUAUUUCACAUUUAAGCAGGAAUGUAGAAUUAAGUAUUCAGAAAGGGUGUAUGACGCAUGUAUGGAUGCCUUCGACUGUCUUCCCCUGGCUGCACUUAUGAACCAGCAGUUCCUAUGUGUACACGGAGGACUGUCUCCAGAAAUCACAAAUCUUGAUGACAUCAGGAAACUAGACAGAUUCAAAGAGCCACCGGCAUACGGGCCGAUGUGUGAUCUGCUGUGGUCUGACCCCCUGGAGGACUUUGGAAACGAGAAGAGCCAAGAGCAUUUCACACACAACACAGUGCGAGGGUGUUCCUACUUUUACAGCUACCCUGCAGUCUGUGACUUUCUACAACACAAUAACUUAUUAUCUAUCAUCCGGGCCCAUGAAGCACAGGAUGCUGGAUAUCGCAUGUACAGAAAGAGUCAGACCACUGGCUUCCCAUCCCUUAUCACCAUCUUCUCUGCACCCAACUAUUUAGAUGUCUACAACAACAAAGCGGCAGUGCUGAAGUACGAGAACAACGUAAUGAACAUCCGACAGUUCAACUGCUCACCUCACCCUUACUGGCUGCCCAACUUCAUGGAUGUCUUCACCUGGUCCCUACCCUUUGUCGGUGAAAAGGUGACUGAGAUGCUUGUGAACGUACUGAGCAUCUGCUCCAAUGAUGAGCUGACCACUGAUGAGGAGCUGGAUGGACAGCUAAUAUAUCCCCCUAAAAAAGGUGCCACUGCCUCUGCCCGUAAGGAGGUCAUCCGCAACAAGAUCCGUGCCAUUGGGAAGAUGGCCAGAGUAUUCUCUGUGCUCAGAGAGGAGAGUGAGAGCGUGCUGACACUGAAGGGACUGACUCCGACAGGCAUGCUGCCGUGUGGAGUGCUGGCUGGUGGCAAAGAAAAGCUGCAGAAUGAAACUGCAGCUACUAUUGAAGCUAUUGAGGCUGACGAAGCCAUCAAGGGCUUCUCGCCCCAGCACAAGAUCACGAGCUUCGAGGAGGCGAAGGGCCUGGACCGCAUCAACGAACGCAUGCCACCGCGGCGAGACGCCCUGCCCUCCGACGCCAGCCUCAACUCCCUCAACAAAGCGCUGUCCUCGGAGACCAACGGCACGGACGCCAAGGGGAGCACCAGCAGCAGUGGCGGCAGCAACAUCCAGUGAAGGCCAGCAACAGCGGACGCCACCUUGGCCGACGGGGAGGCCCCGUCCCCUGCCUCAUCUCGGCCCACCAUCACGGCAGAAACGAUGCAAAGGGUGAAAGGGGGGUGGGGACAGUUGUAGUGUGAAGGGGGGAGGGGACAUCUCACUUGCUAGUCUUUGGUUAUGCCUUCAAAAAAAAUUAGCUCCUAGUCCAAUCUGCUAAGUUAUUGGCGGUUCACAUUUCUGUACGCUCAGGCCGUUAUUGUGCUUGACGCUGCACCACACCACAGUAUGACAGAGGGGAAGGACAGAGAGCGAUAGACAGACGCAUCCUUAAAGGUUGAUUUAUUUUAUUGUAUUUUUAUUUCUUGGAAGACCCUUGCUCAUUUACACACCGGAAAUGGAACGUCGUGUAACUUCUUACUAACUAUUGUACGUUUACAAAAAUACAGCACUAAAAAAAAAAAAAGAGGACGGAA